CAGCCUCAGCAGCCUCAGCAGCCUCAGCAGACCAGCAGCAGCCGCAGCUUCCGCGAGCACGUCCAGGCAGUCCACAGUCACUUUGGCCAGCUGAGCAGCGCCGUUGAGCGGACGGUCGUCGUCCUGUCGCUGAUGCACUCGCUGCCAGCCGCGCACUCGCUCUUUGUCACGACCGCGCUCGCUCACCAGCGCGCAGACGAGCACCGCGAACUGCAGGCACUCCAGCGCACCAUCAACGAUCCAGAAUUCUUGCGCCAACUGUUUGCGUCGAGCGAGCUGGCUCUGAUUGAAUCUGCGACCGAGCAAAUGCUCGAAAUGCUGCCACUGAUCAUCAUCCCUCCGGCCUCUGCGCGAGGGAUGGCGACUGCUUCAAGCACAAACGCCACGGCUGCUCGGAGCGUCGCCUCCUCCUCGUCAUCGUCGUCCGUGCCAGCGUCGAGCACUGCAGUGCACCCCACGAUUGCUGUCGUUGAAGAAAUCGCACGGUGCCUGUCCAAAGCCUUUGCUCAUGCAUUCAAGCAGAAAGACCCGGAAAGCAGCCACUUUGCCAACUGCCGAACGUUGCUGUCGUUGGCGCUUGUCCACCCAGCGUUUGAUGACACGCAGCGUGAGGUGCUCCUCCGGUGGCAGCAUCGAUUGGUGACGCUUGUGCAGCAUCGUCGAAGCGCCAUCGUGCUCGAGACCCACACUUCCUCCGAUUCGCGUCGCACCUCAAGCAGCUCUGUCGCAACAGACCCCGUUUCAUCUGCGACCAGUCACCAUGUGGCCAGCUGGGCUGGAAUCACAUCACCGCUCUCCAACUCGGCUACUUCCUCCCUUGUCUCGCAAUCGACCUCGAGCGUGUUUGGCCGGCCCACCUCUCUCACCAUGAUGAACACCACUAGCAUGGGCUUUGGUGGCGCCCUCAGUGGCAGCGUCGGCGGCGGCGUAGGCGGUGGUAGUAGCUCGAGCAGCAUCCACGGCAUGCCCGGCGGCUUGGUCACCUCGCAUUCGUUUGGCGGGACGCCCUCUUUGAACAGCGUCCUGUCCUCUGCAUCGCCAUCGACCAUGUUUCACAAUUCCCCCUCGGCAUCGUCGUCCCCAUCCACCUCGAUCGCCAGUAUUCCGAGCCAUCACAGCUAUGGCGGGCCCAUCGGCUGGGCAACUCCGCUCAUGCCGACAAGCUAUUUGGCCCCGGAACCCAGCCCUUCCCACCAAGCACGCCAGAGUGCUCCCAGUAUCAGCUUUGGCGCUGCGUCGUUGCAGCCCUCGCCGAUACUGCAUCCCACACAAGCGCCGCUCCCAACGUCGUCGAGCUUCAACUCAUUGCAAAGCGUGUCGUACACGCCGCCCUCCCAGGCCAGUGCACUACCCAGCCUGUCGUUUGACGUCAACGCUUGGGGCAGUUCGAUUGGUUCGCCUCAUUUGCUCGUCGACGCGUCGUACGGAUUCCCGGUUUCUACCGUGCCAAGCAUGGCGCCACCCAAUCCCGCCAGCCUUUACACCGGUGGGUCUUCCAUGCUCAUUCCCACGCCAGCUCCAGGCAUGCCGUCGGCUUCCCCGUCUGCGGUAUCGACCGCCCCAGCGUCCGUCACGAGCGCGCCGGCUGCGACAUCCGCCUACAGCUCGUCCGCUCUUCGUCAGCCACCGUCCGCACCAUCUUCGGCUGGAUCCCGAUCACUUCCGCGACAGGAUACUGGCGAAAGCGACGACGUUGACAUGGAUGAUGAAAUGAAUCCACGUUCCGCCUACGCGUCGCCCGGAUUCCUUUCGCCCACAGGCUUUACGACGCCGAUGAGCAAGUCUCCGCGCAACAGCACGACUGAUUUGCAUAGCAGCAUGAAGGAUGUCCCGAUGUGGUUGAAGAGCCUCCGGUUGCACAAGUAUUUGGACCUGUUUGCGCCGCUGCACUACAACCAAAUGCUUCAGCUGACAGACUCUGAGCUUCAGACGAUGGGUGUGAGCGCGGCAGGUGCGCGCAAAAAGAUUCUGCUGUCCAUCCACAAAUUGAAGGAGCGUGAUCAAACGCUCGCCAAACUCGAGCAGCACAUUGUGGAUCCAUCCAAAUUCUUGAGCGCCAUCGAGGAGCUCAAAACCAUUGUGUGCGCUCCUUUGCACUCAGACGCUGCAGAUGACGCCGAGCCUGACACGUCUGCAGGGUCUACGGAAUUUGCACACACAGUCAUGCAUGUCCUGAGUUGUGGCCAUGAUUACUUGAUUGGGUCGCUUGACGCGCCAGAGCACCAUCUGUCGGCGUUCUUGGUCUUGCUGGAUAAGACCAUGCGCCAAGAAAUGUUCUCUGGCGAGCACCGGGCGCGCGCAUUGCAGUGGAGGCAGGAGUGCGAGCAGUUGCUUCGAAGGAAUGGCGGCGGGAGCAGCCACAGCCACGAGAGCGUGCUGUCACCCAGCUCCUCUCUGAGCGGGUUGAGUGGCGCUGCAGACACCACCACGGCUUUUGCAGCCGGCUCGCAUUUACCUUCCACAGCGCGUUGGGCUGCUGUGUCUGCUGCAAAUGUGGCGUCGCCCAACUCGCCCCAGUCGCCUGCUUCACUGGACGAUCCGAGCUUUUCCGGCGCGGCCCCUCCCAAGCCACGACGCAACCGAGGUGCCAAGCAGCGUCCUGUUGCACCAGCCGGCAGCAGCAGCAGCAGCAACAACAAUGCAGGCUUUGGUGGGAAUGCAGGCAACCGAAAUUCUUCGCGUUCUUCGAGUGGCACGUCCUCCCGUCGCAUGUCCUCUGACGACAUUCUUGGCGAUGAGUCCGAUGACCAACCGCUGACUUCAUCGACAACAACCGCCCGAUCGGGCAACUACAACGGCAGUGAUCGCAUGUCAGCUGGGUUUUGACCACCUUCACCGACCAGUUCCUCACGAUAUUUCUCUCAGCAUUUAUUCCCUUGUGUGGCGCUUGACGCGUCGUUGAAACAAAAAAAAAAUGAAUCAAUAGAUUGUUUGUUCUGA